ACUUCCCGGCUUAAAGGCACUUGUCUAACACAAACAGACUACACCGAACCUGAGCAAGCCUCUCGGUGAAGAAAGAUCUCAAGAGGAUUUAAUCACUCCAUUCAGCCAUGGCUCAGCCUCUUGUGAAGAAAGAUGAUGAUCGUGACGACGAAGCGGAGUACUCUCCAUUUUUGGGAAUUGAGAAGGGUGCGUUUCUGCAAGAAGCUAGAGUUUUCAAUGGCCCUCAGCUUGAUGCUAGAAGAUGCUCUCAGGUCAUCACAAAGCUUCUAACCAAGGAGAAACAUUCAAUAAGAUCAAAGCCACGGAAGUUUUCUUUGCCGUGACAAAGCUUUUUCAAUCAAGAGAUACAGGCUUAAGGAGAAUGGUGUAUUUGAUGAUAAAGGAGCUAUCUCUAUCUGCUGAUGAGGUUAUUAUUGUGACUAGCUCCCUUAUGAAAGACAUGAAUAGCAAGACAGAUAUGUAUUGGGCAAAUGCUAUACGUGUGCUUUGCCGCAUAACUGAUGGAACCCUACUAACCCAGAUUGAAUGGUACUUGAAACAAGCAAUUGUUGACAAGAACCCAGUAGUUGCUAGUGCAGCCUUAGUUGGCGGAAUCAACUUACUGCAGACAAAUCCAGAGAUUGUGAGAAGAUGGAGUAAUGAGGUUCAGGAAGCUGUGCAAUCAAGGGCUGCCGUUGUACAGUUUCAUGCUUUGGCUUUGCUGCAUCAGGUAUGCUAG